AUGGCAGACUACGUUCAACUCGAGCUGGAUCAUGCAGAGGUCAAGACGCGAGUGCUGGAGGUGUGGACGGCGCCCGAAUCUGGGAAGGACAGCGCAGGCACACGCGCGGUUCUGCUGGCGACGGUGACGGUGGUCCUGGCGCGGGUUGAGGCUGGAGGGAGGCGCAACGGAACCUGCUUUCACCAGGAGAACGGCCUGGAUGUGAGGCGCAAGUGGGUGGGAUCGUUUGUGUUUGAUCUGCCGCCGACAGCCGCGGUGGCGGCGUUGAUGGUGGCCGGGAGCGCCACUCCUGCAGUGGUGGUGGCGCUUCCGCCUGUGGCGGUUGCGGGACCGGUCAUCCGGCUCGGCCCGGUGCGGAUUGUCGACCGAGGCAGAGACGGAGACCGAAUCGCGCUCGUAGUUGUGGCAGCUGGCGCAGUUGCGGUGGGGCUCGGUGCGGGCGGGUGCGCGCGGCGAGGACGCCGGCCAGCAGUGUCGGCGGAGGAGACGAGCACGGUUGGCGCGGCCGAGACCGCGACUGAUGCUAACGCCGAAGCCACCGGCUCUUCUGAGACUCCCAUGGUGGUGAUUGAGGGCGGGCGGCGACAAUACAACUCGCUGGCGUCGUACGCCGGUGGGUGGGGCUCGGGCGGCGACGGGCGCAGCCGGAUGCGGUUCAUCCAGAUGGCGGUCCCGCCACAGUACAACGUCGAGUACACGACAGGGCGCGACGGCGACGAGCACGACUCGCUGUUCCGGUAG